UGAAUUCUGCGGCUUCGUGUCUUCCAACAACACCUCUGCUCUACACACAUAUUUCUUCCGCUAGUCUUCAGACAUAUUUGAUAGAGUGAGAGCUGGCGACGACAAAGACGUCCGAAUCGCUCCUUUGUGGAGCUGAAACAAGGACGCUGGCUGGAAUGAGCCGUGGAACGUCGAAAGAAGGUUGUUGUUUUCGCCACGAAGCGUCCGUCGCUCGUCCAAGCGUCGAUGUGAUUGUUGUCUGUUGGGACAUCUGAGGAGACGCAAACAUGAUGUCGGGGAAACAUUUCAAGGCUCAGGAGGUGAGCUGCUGCAUCAAGUAUUUCAUCUUCGGCUUCAACAUCAUAUUCUGGUUCCUUGGAGUGGCAUUCCUCGCCAUCGGGUUGUGGGCAUGGAGCGAGAAGGGUGUUCUGUCCAACAUCUCAUCCAUAACUGACCUGGGGGGCUUCGAUCCAGUCUGGCUCUUCCUGAUGGUCGGCGGCGUGAUGUUCGUUCUGGGAUUCGCCGGUUGCAUCGGAGCGCUGCGGGAGAACUCCUUUCUGCUCAAAUUUUUCUCAGUGUUCCUGGGUAUCAUCUUCUUCCUGGAACUAACAGCAGGAGUCCUGGCCUUUGUCUUCAAAGACUGGAUCAAGGACCAGCUCAACUUUUUCAUCAACAACAACAUCCGGGCCUACAGGGACGACAUAGAUCUGCAGAACCUAAUCGACUUCACCCAAGAAUAUUGGGAGUGCUGCGGAGCUUUCGGAGCCGACGACUGGAAUUUGAACGUCUACUUCAACUGCACGGAUUCUAACCCGAGUCGAGAGAGGUGCGGCGUGCCCUUUUCCUGCUGCACCAAAGAUCCAGCGGAGGACGUCAUCAACACUCAGUGUGGGUACGACAUCAGAACUAAAUCGGACUCUGAGCAGAGGACUUUCAUCUACAUUAAAGGCUGCGUGCCACAGUUUGAGAAGUGGCUGCAAGACAACCUGACGGUGGUGGCGGGCAUCUUUAUCGGGAUUGCACUAUUACAAAUUUUUGGCAUCUGCCUCGCACAAAAUCUGGUGAGCGACAUUGAAGCAGUCAGAGAGAGUUGUUUGUUCACUUAAAUGCGGCCGAGGGCAAGAAGGAUGUACGAGGCCUCUUCAGACUGGACACCAGCAACGACGGGAGACACUUGACCAGCUCGAGAACUCCUUCAACCAAUCAUUAUUCAGCCUAAGCCCCGCGUCAGACACACUAACCCAGCGUUUAAAGUUCCUUUUCCUCGCAUCAUUUUUUACACCGGUAAGUGCGCCGUCUAUUUCUUCAAUCUCCGGCUCGAUGGUUUGUAAAAGGAGUUGGGAGAGGAAGUGACGUCACCACAGCCAGCUUCAUAACUCUGAAGGU